CCUCUCACCUGAGGCCCGGGGAGGACCCGGCUGAAGCAAUAGACUAGGAGUUCAGGAGCAUCCACUAGGAACCCGCCCCGCCGGGCGUGGGCCCAGCGCUGUGGCCAUGCCCGCCUCUGUGCUGUGGGCCGUGGACCUCUUCGGGAGAGUGUAUACCUUGUCGACGGCUGGCCAGUACUGGGAGCUUUGCAAGGAUGUCCAGAUGGAGUUCAAGCGGGUCAGCGCAGCUACUCAGUGCUGCUGGGGCAUCGCCUGCGACAACCAGGUCUACUUGUACGUGUGCUCCAGUGACGUGCCCAUCCGCCACCGAGAGGAGGCCUAUGAGAAUCAGCGUUGGAACCCCAUGGGAGGCUUCUGUGAGAAGCUCCUGCCGAGUGACCGCUGGUCGUGGAGUGAUGUGAGUGGGCUCCAGCAUCGGCCGCUGGACGGGGUAGCCCUGCCCUCGCCACACUGGGAAUGGGAAUCGGACUGGUACGUGGAUGAGAACUUUGGAGGGGAGCCCACCGAGAAAGGGGGGUGGACGUACGCUAUGGACUUUCCCGCCACCUACACUAGAGACAAGAAGUGGAAUUCAUGCGUGCGGAGGCGAAAGUGGAUCCGGUAUAGGAGAUACAAAUCCCGGGACACCUGGGCCAAGAUCCCCUCAAAGGAUGAUCCCAAGGAACUCCCUGACCCCUUCAAUGACCUGUCUGUGGGAGGGUGGGAGAUCACAGAGGAGCCUGUGGGCCGCCUGUCAGUGUGGGCUGUGUCCCUGCAGGGAAAGGUGUGGUAUCGAGAGGAUGUCAGCCACCCCAACCCAGAAGGCUCCUCCUGGUCUCUUGUGGAUACCCCAGGGGAGGUGGUCCAGAUCAGCUGUGGGCCUCAUGACCUCAUAUGGGCCACCCUCUGGGAAGGGCAAGCCCUGGUCAGAGAAGGAAUCUGCAGGAAUAACCCAAAAGGAAGUUCCUGGUCCAUAGUGGAGCCUCCUGGGUCUGAAAAUGGUAUCAUGCACGUCUCCGCGGGAGUCAGUGUGGUCUGGGCCAUCACAAAGGACCGCAAAGUGUGGUUCCGAAGAGGCGUCAACUCUCACAACCCCUGUGGCACCAGCUGGAUCGAGAUGGUUGGGGAAAUGACAAUGGUCAAUGUGGGGCUGAAUGACCAGGUCUGGGGUAUCAGCUGUGAGGACCGAGCUGUGUACUUCCGACAGGGCGUCACCCCCAGUGAGCUCAGCGGGAAGACAUGGAGGGCCAUCGUUGUGGGCCGAGAAAGUGACCGGUCACACUCCGGCAGCUCAUCCAGUCUCCUCAGCGCUGGCUGCUUCUUCGGUGAUGAGGUGAGAGGCAGUGGUUCGGAGUCUGCACCCAGUGAUACCGAUGCCUCCUCGGAAGUCGAGAGACAGGGCCCCGAACAACCUCUCCCCAAAGAAUCUUUGGACAAUUCCAGGAACCUUAAAGAGAGCUUGUCCAAGGGCCCCGAGACCAGCAGGAACACCGAGCAAAGCAUGGAGAACCCCUGCCUGGCCAAAGGCGAAGGGAAGGCUCCUGAGGCCUCUAGCGCCGAUGAAUGCCACAGCCCAGCCUCCACACCAGCCGAGCUGCCCUGGACCAACAUUGACCUAAAGGAACCCAAGAGGGUGUCUAACCAGCCAGCUGCAGGCUUUCCUGAGACUACAGGCCUCUCCUCCCUGGGGCUUUUCCCACUGGGCAUGGAGGAACCCUACGGGGCAGAUGACCAUCCUCUGUGGGCCUGGGUGUCUGGAGGAGGGUGUACCGUGGAGGCAGGCUCUGUGCUCAAGUGGUUCACUGUCCAGCCAGGCCUGUCCCCGUCAGUGCAGACGCUGUCCCUGUCCAUCACGCCCGCCCAGACCGCGGCCUGGAGGAAGCAGAUCUUUCAGCAGCUCACGGAAAGGACCAAGCGGGAGCUGGAGAGCUUCAGACACUAUGAGCAGCUCGCCCUGCUCAGCCUGUCCUGUUGUGAGAGCCGGAAAGUCAAUGGACGCCCGUCCCCGCAGGCCAUCUGGUCUGUCACCUGCAAGGGUGACAUCUUUGUGAGUGAGCCCAGCCCAGACCUGGAAGCCCGUGAGCACCUGCUACCCUGCGACCAGAUGUUCUGGCGGCAGAUGGGAGGCCACUUGCGGCUCAUAGAGGCCAACAGCCGCGGUGUGGUGUGGGGCAUUGGCUAUGACCACACAGCGUGGGUAUACACAGGCGGCUAUGGCGGAGGCUGCUUCCAAGGCCUGGCCAGCAGCACCAGCAACAUUUACACACAGUCAGAUGUGAAGAGUGUCCACAUCUACGAGAACCAGCGUUGGAACCCUGUCACAGGCUAUACCAGCAGGGGUCUGCCCACGGACCGGUACAUGUGGAGUGAUGCCACGGGGCUGCAGGAAUGCACCAAGGCCGGCACAAAGCCGCCGUCCCUGCAGUGGACCUGGGUCUCUGACUGGUACGUGGACUUCAGUGUCCCCGGUGGCACCGAUCAGGAAGGAUGGCAGUACGCCAGUGACUUCCCCGCCUCUUACCAUGGGUACAAAACCAUGAAGGAUUUUGUCAGGAGAAGGUGCUGGGCCAGAAAAUGCAAGCUGGUGACCAGCGGGCCGUGGCUAGAAGUGGCCCCUAUUGCCCUCGGCGAUGUGUCCAUCAUCCCGGAGAGUGCAGAUGCGGAUGGGCGAGGAGGACACAACAUUGCGCUGUGGGCUGUCAGUGACAAGGGGGAUGUCCUCUGCCGCCUGGGUGUAUCCGAACUCAACCCCGCGGGUUCCUCCUGGCUACAUGUUGGCACUGACCAGCCCUUCGCCUCUGUCUCCAUUGGGGCCUGCUAUCAGGUGUGGGCUGUGGCCAGGGAUGGCUCUGCAUUCUACCGGGGCUCUGUGUCUCCCUCUCAGCCAGCUGGUGACUGCUGGUACCAUAUCCCAUCUCCUCCCAAACAGAAGCUGGCACAGGUGUCUGUGGGCCAGACGUCAGUAUACGCCUUGGAUGAAAACGGGAACCUGUGGUACCGAGCGGGGAUCACCCCCAGCUAUCCACAAGGCUCCAGCUGGGAGCACGUGUCCAACAAUGUGCGCAAAGUGUCUGUGGGGCCGCUGGACCAGGUCUGGGUGAUUGCCAACAAAGUCCAGGGGAGCCAUGGCCUGAGCCGGGGCACGGUGUGUCGUCGCGUGGGUGUCCAACCUCGGGAGCCCAAGGGGCAGGGCUGGGACUAUGGCAUUGGAGGAGGCUGGGACCACAUCUCCGUCCGAGCCAAUGCCAUCAUGGUACCCAAGAACGUGUCCAGGGAACAGGAGGCCCAUGGUCAAGGUCCCGUUUACUGCUGAGGCCUCUCCUCACCUGGAGGCAAGGAUGGUUUGAGCCGGAAGGACCAGAACCGAGCCUUUCUUGUGUAGUGUGGGAGGGCAUCACCCAGGCCCACACAUGCACAGGGAGUCAGGCCAAAGUCAGCCAUUUUGAAGCACCGACAAAAUGCCCAGAGAUGUGAAACUGUGGGGGUGCUCCCACACGCGUUCCAAGACUGCGAGGGAUGAUGCAGGGGAAGAGUGGAGGGGAUGACUACUGCCUGGGGCCCUCAGCCCUGGUCCCUCCCUGUUAUACCUCCCAGCUUUCCAGGCCAGGAGCUCAGAGCCCUCCAGAAAUCCUGGCCCUAAAGAGGCAGGUCCAAGGAGGGGCCUUCCUCACCUGGAGACCCCAAGUCACCCCCAGGAGAACCAGCUGUGAGGCUCAGGUCUCCAAGCCUCAGUCUGCAGUCAUCCCUCAGCAGGUUUCCAAAUGGGUUUUUGCUUCAAAAGUUAAGCAAAGGAGUUGGGCUUGGUGGCUAAUGCUUAUAUGCCCAGCACUCAGGAGGCUGAGGCAGGGGGAUUGUGAGUGUGAGUUUGAGACCACAUAGCAAGACUAUCAUACACACACACACAAUAUCUAGAUAAAUAAACCAGGCAUGAUGGCGCAUGCCUGUAAUCCCAGUACUCAGAAGACAGAGGCAAGAUGAUCAGGUGUUCAAGGGCACCCUCGGCUCCACAGUAAGUUUGAGGCCAGCCUGGGCUACACGAGACCCUGCCUCAGGAACCAGGUGGGUCUUAGCCUGGUUUGGGGUCCUCUCCUGGGAUACACUGCAAGGUAGUUUCCAUGUAGAGAAUCACCACCAUGAACCCCAGUUUAGCCCCUCUUUCAGAUGUGGGGGCAGGGCUUCCUUGCCCACUUGUUGCAGGGUGGCCAGGUCUGGGUGGAGGCAACUCGCACCCUAGACUUGGGUGAGGAAAUCUGUGCCCUGUGGAAAGGGUAUGGCCAGAACCCUAGGCUGUCUUGUGCCCCAGGGCUGGACAGAAGGCAUUUGCUGUCCUGAGGUGACCUCUGUAGCCUGCCUGGCACAGCCUAAGCACUGGCCCCCAGCGUGAGUGUGUGCCCCAGCAGGUGAUGUCUGAUGUUUCAGACCCUGCCCAUGGGGUGCCAGAGCCCCAUCUCUAUCACCCCUCUUAACUGGUUUGCCCUGGAAUCCUCCGAGUGGGGUCAUGGUCAGGAAGGGUUCCAUUCUGCAUGAGAGGUGUCCCCGGAAGCUAAGAGGGAACUACUCUGGGGCCCCAUCCCAAGGAUAUCUGAGGAGCCCCAUGUCCUCAGCAUUUCCAGAGGUGGGACCAGACAUACCCGUGUACAGAGGGGUGCUCGAGGGGUCACUCCCCUGUCUGCAUGUCAGUGUCAGGAUUCCAAGGGAGCAUCCUGGCUUGUCCCCAGCAGCUGUGACCUGUGUGUUCUGCUGCAGAUAGCUCUUAACAGAGCGCCUUGAGGGCAUCACUCUGCUAACAUCAC